AUGUCAGCAUACCACAGUGCAAGGUUCCUAUCGUCACAGCAGCCAGCAGCAGGUCGAAGAACGAUGAUUCUAACUGAGUACUUGGUGAUCUCCUAUGUAUUCCAAACAGUAGAUCAGUUACCAUGGUCGUCCAACACCUCGGUACUUGCUCCAAGAUGGCCGCAUCCGCUGUUAUCACUCUUUCCUUUUUCGGCGAAAUCUUUGCAUAUCAACAUUUCGAUCCCAUCCUUGAGGCAGCUUUUGGUUCGGACAAGCCUUUUAUUUGGCAAGGAUGAUAAAGAGGCGCAUUGGAGAAGCAGCGACACAUUGGGCAAAUGGAGCAUGGUUACCGAUGCUGAAGAGAAAAAGGCCACCACCGACGUCACCAACGGGAUUGUGUAA